AUGCUCCUCGCAUCGGCCGCACUCCUUCUCAGCCUCGCUAGCUCUGUGCUUGGACACGGAUAUGUACAGCAGCAGACUGUCGGUGGUGUCGUUUAUACGGGCUAUCUACCAUAUCAAGACCCGUAUAUGAAUCCUGCCCCUGCCAGAAUCAUUCGAAAGAUUCCCGGAAACGGACCCGUCACGGAUCUCAGCCUCAUCGACGUCCAAUGCAAUGGAUGGUCAGAGGGUGGCGUCGUGGGAUCUUCUCCUGCCCCACUCGUUGCGACUGCCGCUCCUGGGUCCACCGUCACCUUUAAUUGGACGACGUGGCCUGACUCGCAUGUGGGUCCCAUCAUUACCUAUAUGGCAAAGGCUCCCUCCGACAUUACAAAAUGGUCACCCGGUACAUCGAGCGUAUGGUUCAAGGUCGCUCACGCUGGAAAGAGCAGCUCUGGUGUCUGGGCCGCGCAAACUUUGAUCAACAACAAGGGGAUCUACUCUUUCACGAUUCCCUCUGGCCUUGCUCCAGGCCAAUACCUCAUCCGCCAUGAAAUCAUCGCUUUACAUUCAGCGUACGCGCCAACUUAUCCACUAUACGUAUCCGGGGCACAGGUCUAUCCCUCUUGCUCGCAGAUCCAGGUGACCGGUUCUGGAACACGCUCGCCCACGUCGUUUGUUUCGUUCCCUGGUGCAUACACAGCAAGCACUCCCGGAAUCGUCUAUGACGUAUACACCAACACGGGUACAUACCCCAUCCCAGGACCAGCAGUGUACGUCCGUGUAGUUCCCCAGAGCAGAAUGCUUACUCUCAUCCCAGCUGGUCAUGAUCCUGGAUACUAG